GUUGCUCUCCAUCGCGAAGGCGAACGAGAUCCUGACUGGACACCACGGCAGCAUGGCGCCGAAGAGGUGGCAGCAGUCGCAGGAGUCGCUCAAAUGCUGCAAGACAUGGAAGUGCCACGGCUGGAUCCCGAACAAGAUCUGGUACGACGGGCUGAAGUGCAGGUACUGCAAGCAGGACUUCGAGCAGCCGUGGAAGGCGGAGACGAAGGAGCUCUCGAAGGCCGCGGAGAAGAUAGGCGGGCUACAAGUCGAGGACGCGGCCAGGUUCAGCAACCAGCUCGACGCGGCGAAGGAGGCCGAGAAGACCAGGACCAAGCCAGAACGGCUGGCUGAGGCGGCGGAGGCGCUGCGGAUUGCGAACAAGCACUUCACGCACGCGGCCGCGCAGGUCAAGAGGCAGAGGAGCAUGCUGAAGGGCAUCGAGGCCAAGAUGGCAGAGCGGGCGAUGGAGGAGCCGACGAAGAGCUUCAUGCAGCAGCUGAUCUUCAAGACGCCCGGAGAGCUGGCCAUGGAGGGGGUCAUCGACCUGGACAACGAGAUGGAGCUCGAGGACGACGAGGUCGACGAGGCGGCCAAGCAGGCGGCCGCGGAGGCUAAGAUGCAGGUGCUGAAGGACCUGCAGGAGGGCGCCAAGAGCUACACCACGCAGCUCCAGGAACACAUCAACAAGGCCAAGCAGCAGGCGGCGCAGACCAAGAUGGCCAUAAAGGCAGGAGUACACCGGGAGCCGCGAGACGAGGCUCGUGACACGCUGGCUGGGGGCGAAGACCACGACGAGGACUUGAUGGCGACGGCGCUGCAGCAGGCGAGGGACCAGAUGGCCACGGAGGCCGUCGACCCCAAGGCGAGCGCUGGAGAGGACGAGAUGGGGCUCCUUCACAUGGAGGACUGGACGGCGAUGGCGUGGCACCUCAAGGGUUCGCCAAUGCGGGGUACUGCGACCUGCUCGUCGACGCGCGCAUUUACACGCUACCAGGGGAACUCUCGACGUGCUAACGCGGAGCCCUCCGUCAUCGACUUCGCGCUAGCGAGCCCAGCGGCAUGCAAGCACAUCAUCGACCCCAGCGACGUGACGGACGUCAGUUGGAUGCCCCACAUCGGCCAGCAGUUACGCAUCAGGGCGGAAAUCGAGUUCAACAUCACCAGGGCGCUGACGCUGCCGAUGCCAUUCAGCCACCCGAAGCUGACGAAGCAGAGGAGGCCGAACCCGAGCAGCAAGGAACAGGAGGCCGAGAGGAACCACAACGACGGCACCAGGAGGAACACGUCCAACCGCAUCAACGACAUGGACAGCCCCGAGGCGCCUGGCCAGGUGCGCACCACCGACUCGUGGAAUCCCAUCGAAGCUGACGACAGCGAACUCGAGCCAGAGGCUAACGAGAAGGCCAACACCGUGACAAAGGACAUCUUCACGGAGAUCAUGAGUAACACGUGGAACGAGAUCCACGCCAUGCGCUACAUAACGAACGCCGAGCCCACUGAGUACAUCAAGGCUUCGGCCGCUUACAUGGCCACGGAGCAGGAAGCAAGAGAGCUUGGGAAACAUUACGACCACCUGGCUUCGACGAUGGAGAAAUUCUACUCUCAGGCAUACGACAUACCGAAGGCAGAUCAGCAGCGAUACCAAGGACGAGGAGGAGAAUAUCACUUCAAGGAGAAGGCGCAGAGGGAAUCAGGACAGCGGCGAGUACAGGUCAGCACUAAGAAGAUCAACUGGUGGAACAGGAUGGCGGUGGCGCUGGACACGUACGCGAAGCUGGCCAGGAAGAACAAGGCGAAAGAGCAGCAGGCAAUGAACACGGCGAAGCUGCACAGGAAGAUCUGGGUGCAGAGGAUCAAGGAGAUCGAAAAAGUCAGCCUAAGCCUAGACAUCCUGGACGGUAUGGUGAAGAAGGACAGCAUUGACAUGAAGGCAAUCGACUUCGAGGAGAUGUGGCACCACAAGACUACAAACGAGAAGGGCACAGACGCCAUGAACAUGGACGACGUACGCAGGCUACCCCGGGAAGGGCGACAAGCCUUCGCCGGCAUGUACAACAGCUGCGAGGAGAAGAUCGCGUGGCCGUGGCAGACACUACAGGCACUGAUUAUGCUACAACCUAAGGACGCGGAGAAGAUCGACGAGUCGGCGCUCACAAGAGGUAGUGAUCGAGAUCUGGCGCUGCUAACAUGGCUCGCGCGAACAUGGGAGUUGCUCAACAGGGACCAGAUGAGACACUGGGUAAAGGACGUGGAGGAGGACUUCGACGCAGCGGUGGCAGGCAACUCCUGCCUUAGGGAGGUGAUGGCCAGGGCGCUAGGAGACGAGACGUCACAGGAGCUGGGCAUCCACUUCGCGAACGCGCUGGUAGAUGUCAAGCGCUUCUGCGACUCGCUGGUCUUCGAGAAGGUCGCACUUCGAGCAGGAGAGCAUGGGUUCCCGCCGCCCGUACCAGCGAUGGCGAUGCUCCUGCACUUGACGCACAGGAUGCUCAAUGAGACGAACACCUAUAGAAACCCCAUCUACGCGAGGAGGAGCCUGCUGGCAGGGUCGAGGCAGAGCAACAACCUCGCUAGGAACACGGUGGCGGAGGUCAUCACAGAAGCGACGGCGGCGCUGGCGACGGAGCUGAAGCAAGAAGGCCUGGCCAUUGCGGGGAAGCCGGUCAUCUUUAGCACCGACUACGCCUUCACGAAGGAGGUGGCCAAGAAGCUGAGCGAGAAGGGCAUCACGAUCAAGCCAACUACAGAAGGCAGAGACCUAGGGGUCAUCACGUCGCUCAUCCUACAGCUCUGGGAGAUCAACUGGGACGCGCCCUCAGCGGACUUCUGGACAGACGCGGAAGGAGAAGGUUGGCAACUACAAUCCGACGAAGGAAAUGACGACCCCACGGACCUGCUGGACGCGAUCACGGCGGACCUGAAGAGGAAGCUCUGGGAGAACGCCACUAAGCACCACAACGGGGCCGGCCUUCAACACGGAGCAGACACCUACGACCUGAAGAUGCACCUUAGGAAGCUCAAAAAGGCAGGCAAGCAUCAGCCGUACGGGGCCCUCCUGACAGCGGCAUGCUCGGGGAUAUGGUCUCCAUGCAGGCGAAGGGAGGUGUUCGGAGACAGCGUGACGGACAGAUGCCAGUGCGGGGAGAUCGCAGACGACUUCCACAUCAUCUGGGGCCAGUGCAGCUGCAAGGGCGACCACAGCACCUACAGGAAGACCGAGCACCUGAUCAGUAGGGCACAACAGGGCAAGGAGGAAUGGGCCGCGUUCUGGCUACGAGGAGAUGACGCCAGGUACAGGAGAUGUGGCUGGAACUGGGUCCUUAUUGAGGGGCAGCAAGGGCAAUGGACCUCCACGGCAGAAUGUUCAGGACCAUUGGAGGGGCCAAGGCAGCCGAACAACAGGGCGGAGAUCACAGCAUUCCUGGACGCCGUGCAGUCGACCAACGGCAGCUUCACGUUCUACACUGACUCGGAGAUCCUGCUGAAAGGCUGGAGAGCGAAGAGGUUCAAAGAGAAGAACUACAGGAAGGGCCACGAUGUGAUUGCGGCGGAGGCGGCAGUGAAACACGAGAUCUCGGAGGCGCAGAUGGGCUGCUACAACUGGGCGCGAGCAACGGGGCAGUUGGUGAGAGCCAGGAUCACGCAGGCGACGAUGGAGUUGUUCGAGAGGGCCAAGCCGAUGUGGUGGCUCAAGCAGUGUGGACAAAACCCAAGGAAGGAGCAUGUCAUAGCAGACGAGAGCGGCCGCCACAAAAUGAAGAGCGAGCUCGUGUUGAAGGGCAAGGUAACGCACCACACGCACCAGAUCAACUGGAGCCUGCGUCAGGAGAAGUACUUCUGCUGGGAAUGCGGUGCGACAGCGACAAUCCACCUGAGCAAGAAGAUGACCGAGGCGUGUACGGGAGCUCCGCCAGGCCGCGCCAUGCAGUACGCCUUGCGAACACUGCGGAGCUCCCGAGAGGCGAAGGGCGAGAACAGGAAGUACGUGAAGAAGAGGAGGCCAUCCACAACCGUGGACGACGGCGCCAUGGAGCAGGUGGAGUGCAACUCGAACCACCUGUACUCCUGA